AUGGCGCUUUUGAACUUGCACAUGAUCGUCUAUUGUCAGGAUUCUAGUCUGAAUCGCUCAGCUCAGCGUGCACCCACUAGCAAGGAAAACUCGGCCAAAUUCAAUUACACCUUUGAUCGCUGUCUCAUGAAUAUGAGCGGGGAUUAUGCUAUGGUGCAAUUGUGUUGGAGACUUUGUACACUUUGUACGAUUGUGCAGAACUCGGAAGCACCGAAGGCUUACGUCGAUGGGACCCAGUGA